GCACAUUGCGCGGGCUACAAUGCCCCAACCAACAGUGACAAUGCGCUUGGACGCGCAUCUGCCGACUUACACAUGUAUCCUCUGUGUAGCCCGGUAGAAAAGACAAGUGGAUUGAAUCUUGCGCGGUCGCGGGGUAAGAUCGCGCUAUAAGAGAUUUCAAGAGGCACAAAAGCCUUGGCAUGAUGCAGCACAAUGGCGAUCGGAGGUCAAUGCCUUGAUCCCCCGCCUUGAACCCCUCUUGAAAAUGCCAUUGUUCGCUGUAGUUCCCACUCUGCCGGUAGAUGCACAGCAUCUCAGGGGCCUGUUCGUGGUUGCUAUUGGAUCUUUGAUAUCUUGACCGCGCUUAUUAGAGUGUUCCCCUCCUUCUCUCGCAUGUCGCGCAUGGGCAGAUUUAUGCAGGUUCCUAACUUGAGGGGCAGCACCGUAUUUAAAUCAAGUCUCGAGAGACCAAGGAUUACCCCCAAGCAAUCCCCAUCUCUUUCCACAGCCUACUGUUCUCUUUGCAAACCACACACCACCUCAGCUAUAACGAUGGCAACCCAAGUCCAGGUCGAAAACGCCCUACUCGUCAAGGCCCGCGCCAGCGGCAGCAAGGAAGACUGCAUGGCGCUCUACGACACCUGGGCAACCUCCUACAACCAGGACCUCACCGAUGCCUCCCAGAGCUACGUCGCCCCGUUCACCGUCGCGCAAGCCGCACUCCAGCUCACCAAGAUCCCGAACGCGCGCAUCCUCGACGCGGGCUGCGGCACCGGCCUCGUCGGCGAGGGCCUGACCCGAGGCGCCGGCCAUGCAACAUCACUAACCAUCGACGGCCUAGACUUAUCGCCUGCGAUGCUGGCGGUCGCCGCCAACACCGGGGUGUAUCGCACCCUCACCAAAGCCGAUCUCACGCAACCAAUCGCCCUGCCCGCCGAGACCUACGACAUCGUGACCUGCGCCGGCACCUUCACCCACGGCCACGUGGGGCCGGACCCCGCGCUCCGCGAGUUCAUCCGCAUCCUGAAGACAGACGGGCUGGUUGUGGCGACCAUCUUGGACGAGGUGUGGGUGUCCAUGGGGUUUGACGCGGAGAUCGAGAGGCUGGUGGCCGAGGGCCUGGUGCGAGUAGUCAGUAUCGAGCUCACCGACUACCGGAAGGGAUGGGACAAGGCGCGGCUGGUGGUGCUGGCGAAGACCGCGACUGCUUGAUAUUUUGCCCAUGCGCCAAACGUGUAUCAGGAGUUUGUUUGAAUUAUCACCCAACGCGACAUCGAACCGACCGACGACUUGACCCCGUGCGACAACCCCAAUGCGAUCUG